AUGGCACAAGCCGCCACCGACUCGGCCCUUGUCCAUCCCGAGCUGGCGGGUUCAUCGGCUGCGGCGGCGCUGCCAGCUGGCCCAGGCGCCGCGGCGCAGGUGUCCGAGGAUGGCGUCGCUGUCGUUCCUGUCGGGGACCAAGGCGGACCAAUCUUCCCACCUUGUCGAACGGUAUCGGGGUGCAUCGACGUCCUUCCGCACGAGAACCCAAGUACUAAUAGUACUGGCAGGUUUGCACCUGGCCUCAACCCUUACUUGUUGGAGAAGAACCAGUGGCUGCGUGCUGUGAGGGCGCUGAGAGACUCUCCGAUGACCGAUGAGGAGGUGAAACAGGUGACGGAGGAAUUCCAUGUCUUCUGGGAGAACGUCGCCGACAAAGAUUGCCACAACGAGGCGUACGACGAGUGGGUGCGAGAGAAGCAACAACAUCAUGAACGAGAGCGGCCCUACAAGUACGUGCAGCAGUGGGGGGGCGGGAGCUUCGUCUCGCCAACCAGCAGCGACGAGUUCUGCAAGCACAUCAAAGGUUCAAAAGGUUGGCCAAGCGAUGCCGACGUCACCGACGCCAACCACGAGGAGGGCCUCGCCAAGGCAAACUACUUCGUGGAUUUCGGGCCUUCGAAGAGCACGAAUCUGUGGAGCCUCGGAGCUCGACCCCACGACGUGAACCCGAUGAAGGUCGCGGGGGGGAGGUUGAAGUUCACGCUGGUCGAGAAGGGCAUCAGCAACGUCAUUGCCAGGCUGAACAGGACCAAGGUGGAGUCUGGCGACGUUAUGUUGAUAAGUGAUAAGUUCAAAGUCGUGAACGCGCAGACGUCAGAUGAGUUUGUCCGCGAGUGCUGUGAGUUGUUCUCGGCGAUGGAGCUUUGCGAGGUGGAGUGGGACCCCAUCGACGUGGACGGUACUCUUCUGUGGGUGGAGGUGAAGUCCGCGACCGCUCUCGGCACCUUGUGGAAGGAGGGCUUGCGCGUCCCACUGGGCAGCGCGGCGGCUAAGCGAAAGGACACCAGCGCCUCGACCUUCAAGAAAAUGAAGACGGACGACCCCCUGAACCCAUCCAGCGACACGGCGAAGACGUCGUCAUCGUGCGCCGCAUCGACCAAGGCUGCCAAUGGGAAAGUCGAUCCGACAAGUGCAUGCGGCCCGAUCGCAGCAGCAAUUACAGGAGGACCCGAAGGAGCAUUGGGCAACGAUGCGGCCGUGGCUGCGUCGCUCGGCGCGGCAGGGGCCGCCGACGCAGGUGCCGACGAAGGCUUUCAGCUGGGUGCUUUGGACGGGGAGUUCGCGGUCGCUCUCGGCGAGAUGGACGUGGCGGACCAGGAGGACGCAGAGAUCCAUGGCGGCGAUGACGACAUGACAGAGCUGCUCGACACCUGGGGCGGCAACCAAGAAGACCACCAUGACGAACGUCCAGACGAUGGCGAGAUCGACCUCGACGACCCCAUCCUGCUCAUGUCGGGGCGCUUGCCAAGAUGUAUGAGGACGCAGCUGGCGGCGCUGAUGUCCCCAGUGGCGGCGCCGACGCUGGAGUUGAAGAUGGGCCUCUUGCCGAAGAUGUUGCUGAGCCUCCGCAGCCUUGGGAACAACUUGGGGAGCCAAGAGCUGUUCAAGUGGCUCUUCGAGGGCGACCCCAACAAUGACGGCGACUCCAAGGACCAGAGGCGCGAGAAGGCGCGCAUCCACAUGGAUUCGGCCAAGAGCAGCUGCACGAAGCACGCAGCUGUCCUGCGCUGCGAGACUGCCUCUUGCACCAGCUAUCGCAUUGUCUUGAUGGCGGCGGCAAUCACGACGAAGGAAGAGCACGAGCAGCUGGAACGGGAGUUGUUCGAAGACGGCUCGUGCGAGGGCAGCCAACAGGCCGCCAGCAAACCCAAUGGCGAAGGCCCGAGUUCUUUUCAAGUCGGCCUGUUCGAGCCAGACCCUGCGCGUUGCGCCAAGUGUUUCGAUGACUUCGCUGGGCAGAGUGGGCUCCCCCGGUCGCCUGGCGGACAUGGUGUUCACCCUUCUUCCACAGACCACAGCACGUGCCAGCAAUGCCUGGACUUGAAGGAGUUGGUGUCUGAGAAGCUGGACGGACCACCCGGCACGGUGGAGUUCCCCAACGACAGCGACGCCAAUCAAUGGCCAUUUUUAAUACACUGCUACAGGGUGCUUCGCCAUGGGUCGGCCGACGGCACGGUGACAUUGCACGAGUUGGCCAUCGAGUGGGCUGAGAUUGCGAGCAAACGGUACCAAGAGGCUGGCGAGAUCCAAGUUUCUGCUUUACCAGAGGGCGGUGAGAGCUGCACGCGCACAGACAAUCCAGCAUCGGAGUCAGGAGGAGCGAGAGACAAGCCUGUAGAUGGCAGCGGCUCUGGCACAGCUGGCGAGAUCAAGCAUGAGGAGGAUGCACUUGCACAACCUCAGCGUGUCAAGCAGGAGUUCGGGUUCCGCCGAAGCGGCUUGUCGGUGGCGGCGCCUGCCGUGGCUUCAGCGGCUUGUGAGACUGGUGCGAGUGAAGGCACGUGUGCGGCCGUCGGCAUUGACGUGGACUCCGAGGACGACGGCGACUCAGACUCAUUGAACAAGUUUUCCUUGACUGAGCGCUUGCCCAAGGGCCAAGUGUACAUCAGCUUCGGGAGGAUUCGUGGGACAAUCAACCAGUACGUUGAGGCUCUGUCGCACCUGGGCUGGCUACCAGACUGCAGGAUACAGACCGUACAAGCACUCGAGCGCCGUUUGAACCAGCACAGCAGUGAGAUCUCCCAGCAAGCGAACGUUGACAUAAAGACUUCAUUCAAACAGCUUUCGAUGCGCGUGGAGACAACGAUCAUCCUGUUCAAGCUCUUCAAGACGUGGCACGACGAGAACAACGAUGCGUCCUUGGUCCAUGUGCUUGAUGCAGUUUGCAAGUUGAAACCGUUCCUUCGUUUCCAGAAGAAGUCUGUGGGUGCCGACUUGGAGAUGAUCCUUAUCUACGCGCAGUUCUACAAGGAUUUGGCCAACGGCAUGGGCAUUGACGAGGCAAUCAAUUCGCUGAACUUCGACCGUCUCACUGAGUGUCACAAGAUCGUAACCGAGAAUGCUGGCAAAUUGACGGGGGCGAUGACCAAGACCACCGACGGCGCGAAGGUCAAGGAUAAGGACGCCGCCGAUGGCACAGCAGAGGGCGAAGCAUCACCUUCGAAGAGGCGCAUGCAGUUCACCAUGCCGAAAGACGUGAUCGCCAAGCGUGUAUUGGUCCAUCCCGUCGAGCAGUUCGAGAAGCUGGUGGGCGAUUCCAUGGCGAAGUACAUCUUCACCUUGAGCCCCGACAUCGUGAAUGACCAGAAGGCGGUGCAGCAUUGCCAUGAGCUCAUGGAAAGAACGCGCCAGGCGUGGCUUACCAAACACAACGGCUGCCUCAGCAAUAAGGCGGGCCAGCUUCUCGACGCGUUCGUGACGAUCGCGCCGUGCGCGAAGUCGGACGAGAGGGAGAGGCCCAGCGUCGACAGUGCGAGGUGGGCCAGGAGGACAGUGAUGGCGGCAGCGAAGGAGGAUGCCCCAUCACCAGAGAUGGCAAAAGCAAUGGCGGUCCACCCUGCAGGCAUGGCGUUCAUGAAACGGGCUCUCAGCCACGCCAAGGUCGGCAUCGAGGAUGAGGCUGCGAGCAGCGGGUUCGAGUUCAGCGUCGGCCGCUUCGAGGACUUGCUCGAUCCAGCCUUCGAGAACGCAACCUCUUGGCUGAAGGCGGGGAAUGGCGGCAAGCCGAUGACCUGCGAUGCGUUCGGGAAGUAUUUCGAGGCGUGCAUGGUGAUGAGAGUUGCUUGCACUCAGGCCCUCCAGCGCUGGUCCACGAGCGCCUUGGAGCAGCACGCCGAGACUCUGGCGAGCGCUGGGCACGACUGCGGCGACAAUUCAGGCCCCAUCCAGACAGAGGUCGUCAAAGCCGAGUGCGAGUCGACCCAGCCUGGCGGCGACGGCAAUGUGCAGCCGACAAUGCCGUUCUCGUCGCCAGUCCGCCUCUUCGCUCACAUCCGUGAGAUCGACGCCACUGUGAAAGCGACGCGCCCGCGCUUGAGAGCCUUCGUUGAGCUGAUGCUGAAGUCUGCGCUGGGCGCCCAGAAGCUGCACAAGCUCGCGGCCACCAGAGUGGGCGGCUCUUGGCACGAUCACUUCGACAAGGACGCGUCGGGCGACACUGUCCUGAGACAUUUCAACCACAACGUUGCGGUCAUCGACAAGAUUAUCAUAUACCUUGAGAGCCUUCACUUGCUUGCCGACCCAGACUGGUGGCUCGACGGCGAGUCACUUUCAAAGAACAGCACCAAGCCCGACGAGCAGGCCCUCUGCAACUUCAGCAAGGUCCACCACGAGCACACCUCAGUCACGCCCUUCACCGUGCUGACCUCAUCCACCCUCGAUCUCCCCGAGGUCGGAGAUGACAUCGCAGCGUUGUUCGCGGCGUUUGCUGAGCAUGUCGGCCAGCGCAUGUACGACUUCAAGGCUACAGCGUUCUUGGUAGAUAAGAGUUCUACGAUUUCUGACGUGGAGGUGCUCCUGGGGAGCGUUCACGCCGACGUCUUAAAGGAGUGCGACGACUCGGCCCUGUAUCCUCACUUGCUGCCUAAGGGCGAUGCCGACAAUGUUGCGAAGCUUGCGCCCAUUGAUGUUUCUGGAAGCAAAGGGGAUCCCAAGGUGUUGGAGCUUCUCCCUCAUAACCGAGCUCUCGAGCACCUGCGAUGCUUCAUCAGAGCAGUCAUGCUGACGGAGAUCGACGUCCCUGGCAUGUUCUACUCAACUGUGGAUGCACCGGAGCCCAGCAUCGACCUGUGCAUGUUCGCUAUGGAGCUCAAGUGCGCUGUCGCCGACGUGGUCGCAGUCAUUUCCUCAGCCGAGGUGGCUAUAGGCAGGAAGGCUCGCUCCAAGGAUAAGCAGUUCAUGAGUCAAGGGUACCUCUGCGGGACGGCCACCUUCAUAUUGCAGAUCCUCCACGGUGCGCGACAGAAGCUGGACAGCAUGGCCAACGACCCCAGGGCCAUGGAGUUCGAGAAGACAGGCUGGCAGCUCCGCGAGUCGAUCCACACCAUGCGUCACUGGUGCUUGUUGGCGGCAAGAGUCAGCGGGCGUUACGAGAGCAUGCUCUUGCUGGGCAUGGCCGAGGUCUUGACCAACGAGGGACAGGCGACGGCAAAGGUCACCCCUACUUGGACAGCAUGUUUCGUCGACGACGUGUUCAACGAGACGAUGGCAAUGGUGAUGCUCAAGAACAAGCUGGACGUCGUGAUCAACCGCCACAACUCACUCCACACCUGCAUCAAAGCCUUCUCCACGUCAGCAGCCGUGCUGUCCAUCAACCCCCGCGUGCAGGACCACCCGACGACGUCCGAGUCAGUGAACGUGGCACUCCAGUUGCUGAAGGACGCUGCGGAAGCAAGCGUGGUCAUCAGGGGCGUCGACCUGUUGACUGCGUAUCGUCAUCGCCCUGAGGGGCCGACGAAAGCGACGGAGUUCUUGACGGAGAACGAGGGUCGCUACCCCAAGGUACCGCAGUGCUUCUGGCAGUUGUUCAAGGACCUGCAGGCGCACGCACUUCCAGCCCAGCCUUUGCCAGCACAGGCUGGCGAGGCGUUGGCCCCUGGCGCAGGCGCGUCUGGGGGCGGAGCCCACCUCGCGCCAGCCAAGAAAAGCUUAGCGGACGGGUCUAUUCACACUCCGACCCCAAAGAAGCCGCCUGCCCCGAGUUCAGCCGAUGGCAGUCAGCACGUGAAGGCCAAGGCCCCUAGCGUUUCAGAUCGCCCCGCCAAGGGUUUCAAGCGCGCCAAGCGCUCCUGA